GUGCCCAGAUUAUUGAUUUGAUGAUGCUUGUAAUAGAUGUGACAAAAGGGAUGCAGACGCAGUCAGCAGAGUGCUUGGUAAUUGGGCAAAUUGCCUGCCAGAAGAUGGUGGUAGUUCUGAACAAAAUAGAUCUCCUUCCAGAGGGGAAGAGACAAAGUGCCAUUGAGAAGAUGACUAAGAAAAUGCAGAAGACCUUGGAAAAUACUAAGUUCUGUGGGUGUCCUAUUGUUGCUGUUGCAGCAAAGCCCGGUGGACCGGAAGCCCCAGAGUCUGAGAAUCCCCUAGGUGUUUCUGAAUUCUUUCAGGUCCUGAAGUCUCAGGCUUACCUGCCGUCAAGAGACCCCUCGGGACACUUCCUUAUGGCAGUCGACCACUGUUUCUCUAUCAAGGGUCAAGGCACAGUGAUGACAGGGACUAUUCUUUCUGGCUCUGUUAGCCUUGGUGACAAUGUGGAGAUUCCUGCCCUGAAGGUGACAAAGAAAGUGAAGUCCAUGCAGAUGUUCCAUACUCCUGUGACUUAUGCUAUGCAGGGUGACAGAGUAGGUAUCUGUGUAACCCAGUUUGAUCCCAAACUGCUAGAACGAGGCUUAAUUUGCACCCCAGAAUCACUUCACACCAUCCAUGCUGCAAUAAUUUCCCUGAAGAAAAUCCAGUAUUUUCGAGGAGCUCUUCAGACCAAGGCCAAGUUCCAUAUCACAGUUGGUCACGAAACAGUUAUGGGAAGAGUGAUGUUUUUCAGUCCAGCCCCAGCUGACUUCAACGAAGAAAUUCACGAAAAUGAUUUUGAUUUUGAAAAAGAUUAUCUUUAUCAAGAAGAAUAUUUGUCCAAGGACUCAAAUUCUUCAGAGAACAAAGAAAAUGACCAGGCAGGAGAAGUCCAGCUCCCGAGACAACAGUGGGCUUUGCUAGAGUUUGAAAAACCAGUCACUUGUCCUAAACUGUGCCUUGUGAUCGGCUCCAAGCUGGAUACAGAUAUUCACGCAAAUACCUGCAGGUUGGCAUUCCAUGGGGUACUGCUCCAAGGCAUGGAAGACAAGAACUACACUGAGACUUUCCUUCCAAAGCUGAAAGUGUACAAACUGAAGCACAAAGAAGGACAAGUGGAAAGGGUGAUGGAUGAUUACAGUGUGAUUGGUCGUUCGCUGUUCAAAAAAGAAACAAACAUCCAGAUUUUCGUGGGCCUGAAAGUCAAACUGUCUACAGGAGAAGAUGGAAUAAUAGAUGGUGGUUUUGGACAAAGUGGCAAAUUUAAAAUCCGAAUUCCAGAUGGGCUGAAGCCAGAUACCAAGAUGCUUCUUACUGUUGCCUCCAAGAAGAAAUCUAAGCCAGGGAAGGGGGAUACAACCAAAGAGGACGAAAGCAAUAAGAAUGAUACAGCCCAACCUGUCACCAUCUCUCUUCUCUUUAAAAGAUACGUCUUUGACACACAGAAGAAAAUGAUUCAAUCCUGAGAAGGCAGAGAAGCCUCUGAUGGCACCUGAAAGACCAGAAUCUGAAGUGAAUUCAGGUGGAAUGUAUUUCUUGUCUGAACAUAUUAGACCUGUUCCUUCCUCACAGACAGAGCCUGAAAGCUCCUGCUGACUCUGUGCCCACUUCCAAAAUCUCUGUAAUCUGGUUUUGUUCUGUUAGAAUCUGCUUAUUUUGUCAUCUUUGCGAUGUGAAUCUUUACAGCCUCUAGGAGAAUGUCACCUGCCGGAUGAGCCCAUUCGGGUGUGCCUUCUAAUAGCAGUGUUUUUCUGGAGAAUUGUUUUGAAGUUUCUCUUGAUUUAAAAGUUGUCCACCAAUAUUAGUCUAAAUGUAGUCAAGAUGUGAAUUUCAUGCAACCCACAAAGUGAAGCAGAUUAGUCUAGGUUUACCUCCCCAAGCAAAGUGGGGGACAGAAAGCACACGAUAUAAUAGGUGAAACCUAAAAUGGAUGUUUCACAUUCCAUCAGCUGCAACUAUGUAAGAUGCUAUCUGAGAGAGGGUAUGGAUCUUUUUUAUAAAUAUGAUUUGUAUCUAGAAAUGUUUUUCAUAUUAAACAUAAUGAUGCGUGUAACUGAGAGUCUUAAUUGUUCUGUUUGCUCUUCCAAAGGUUGAGAACCUAUCUUCAGUGACACUUUAUAUAGCUUUUCUGAAUUUCCUGCCUGUUCUGCAGUCAAUCCUACUCCUGAAUUGUUUUCUUUUUUUGUAACCAAAAUGUCUUUUGUGUGUGAAGGAAAAAGUUGCCUCUGGAAAUAGUCAAAGGCUUUAUUUCAUUAAAAUAAUAAUAGAAGAUUGCAGCGUAAGCCUUGUAAAAUGAGUGUCUCAAAGAUCCUUUAGAAACCAUUAGUUGUUUAAUAGGGAUCUCAGGGCUGCUUUAGUUCUUCCUCUGAAUUUCAUGUCCUGGGCUUCUAAAAAGGAGAGAGCACUGGUCAUAUCCCUUCUGUGUUGUUUACAAAGCAUAGGACACCUUAACAUAAAAACAAACAAUAGUUCUAUAGGUACGAAAGCUGUGGUCUGGAACAGAAAUUGGACUCUGGCUUGGCAGCAUGGAAAAUGUUAGUUCCUGCCUUUUGAACAAAAAGACUACUUCUGCCCGUUGAUGUUAAAUAGCAGCCUGUGACCCAUUCACUGACGCCAGCCCUAGAAGGUGACCACAUGUAUAAUGUAAGCACAUAGUUGCAUGUGGAAGUAGAUAACUGAAAUAGAUUGCCAUACUCAUUAAUCAUAUUAUUUAUAACACUCAAAGUCUUAUUAAUCAAAUAUCCAUUGAUGGGCGUGAGUCCGUCAUGCUAAUGUGAUCUUGUUUUUUUCAGUCUCUUUCUUCUUUUCAUUUCUAGGUAACCAAAGUGGAUACGAAUGGCAAAAAUACCAGUUGUUGAGAGGAUAGAGGGUAUUUACAGCUGGACAGUUGUGAGACAGGGCAAGUCUGAUGUCUAAACUAGGUUGAUGGUGCCCCUUUAAAUCAGAACAGAAUUAGUGCUUUGUGGAAUAAUCCCAAACAGUUUCUGCUGAGUGAGUCCCAGCAAAGCUUUAGCACAUCCCUUAAGAUUAUGGGGUAUGCUUUCAGUGUGAUCCCAGAGGAAUUAGGCAGGCAACUUCAGCUAUGGCUUAAUGUGACUUGUGCUGCCAGCCUUGCUGGAAAAUGUAUCCUUCUAUAAUGAAAAAAAUGCAUUUCACACCCCUGUCACCUCUCCUUCCCCAUUUCUCUCCUCUUCCCAGACACCCCCAAAGGCAGUCUUUGGAAUGAAUAUUUGUUAUGUUAUCUUUCUUUUAAGCCUUUAUCAAAUCCUGUUUUGUACCCUGCACUGUUACCUCCGCUUAAGAUACUGUAGUGAUGGCAGCUAGAGAAACAGAUGACAUAGAAGGAAUGCUGUUAUUACCAUCCCAGGUUACUCUAAGAAUUAUUGGUAUAAAAAAAAACUCUAAUUAAAAAAAAAUCAGAACUUAAUAAAUUAAGGAACUUUUUUAUCUGUAUAGUUCUAACAUCCUUGACAAAUUUUAAAUGGGUCACUAAAUUUUGCCAACCCUGCUUGGAGUUCUGGAAAGAAAAGGGGCAGUCAUCAUGAGAGGUAUCCUGCUGUAGGAUAUUGUUGGGUGCUCCAGAGUUGUUAACCUUGCACUUACUGGCUUUUGUCUUUCUCAUUUCUAAGGCAUUUUUGAAUUGUUCUGGAGAAGAGGCUAUCAGUGCAAAUGGUGAUACGUAUUUUUACAAAACACUGUCUGAUUAAUGUUUUCCCCUCUACACUGGGGAUUGCCCAUAGCAGGAUCAGUGAGUCAGUUGUUAGGGAGCUUGAUCCAUUUGAAAACUCAUUAGUCCUGAAUACUUAGUUUUGCAGCCCUCUGCUUGGCUGGAAAGUUUUCUAGUGCUGAGUGUCCCAUGGUUUAUUUGCUUGGGGUACUCCAAGGGAGGGAGCAGCAACAGCUUCCAGAGUUGGACCUCCAUCCCUUUCUUGUCCAGUCUCCUCUAAUACACUUUUAAAAAUCUUUCCCACAAUCUUCUGUCUCAUUUCCAGACUCACGUACUAACUCAGCAUCUUUCUUCCAUCCUCUCAGUCCAAGACCUAACCCCUUCCUCAGUGCUCUUAUUUUCCAUCUUUGCUCAUUGCGUCUCCUUGUCCUGGCUCUGCUCUUGCCUCUGGAGAGGGAGAUGUAAAUCCAGGUGCUGGCAAGGCUCACACGGCUGGUGUUGGGAGCCCAGCAUGGUGGGGAAGGCUCUUGCCCUGCAGCUUAUGCCAGCUCCUGGGGGCGGUGAGAAGCUGCCUGUGUUCAGGCAUUUGGACUGUGAUUUGGGCAGAGCCUCGUGGACAGCUGUUGCUGACCUAGUGGAAGCAGGCAGUGGGGAGGCGCAUGUACCGUGCCUCUUGUGAGUCCCUUCACCUGCCGCCGUGUCCUGUCUUGUGCUUUGUAAUCCUCUCUGCAAAGCCCUGUCCUUUCAUUUUGCUCCCCUAGCAGAGAUUUGUGUAGGAUGGGCAGUUGGGGGGGGGGUAUCUGUUGAAGUUUGGGUUGUGUUUUUCCCCAUUUUUAACUGCAAAAGGAAAACUUAAGUGUGCUUGAGAACUUUGAUUAUAAUGUGCUAUUACUGCAGAUCUCUGGCUGCUGUCCUGGGGCUGUUGGAUACACAUUCAAAAAAGGGUGAAAUGGUGGAACAAAAUGAUUAUGGGAAAAUCAAAGCUUUUAAAGACAUUUGUAGGAUGAACAGAUGUUCAAACAUUCUUUUAUUUGGUUUCCAGACAGACGUGGAGACUUCCCUUUCAUCCUUGUAAUCAGUGCAUUAUGCUGUAAUUUGUAAAAAUGGCAUUAAAAAAAUAUUAACAGGGUCAUAUUGUGAUCUACUGACUCUGUGUCAUUAAGCCAUGAAGUUAAGAACAGCGACUGGGAACAGGGGUUAAAUGUUGCAGAAUGUACUGUACUAACAUAUAUUGUCAGUGUGUUAUAAUGAAUCCAAAAUGGAAUAAAGAUGUAAGGAGGCUUUUUAAUACUGCUAAGGUUGUCAGUGUUGCAAAACUAGAAAUUAUUAUGGCUGUGCAGAUGUUCAGUGA